AUGGCGCGUCCCUACACGGUUGCAUCGCAUCUGCACUACUUCAACAUCCCCCUGGCGGAUUUCACCGCGGCGCGCCCCGAAUUCGAGAGCUUCGCCGUGGGUGGGUACAUCUUCGCCCGCCAUGACCCCGCCAAACCACGGAUUUUGCUGCUGCAGCGCGCCAUCACCGACACGAUGGGUGGCUGCUGGGAAGGACCCGGCGGUGCCUCCGAGCCCGAAUCCGACAAGACGCUGCUCGACGGCGUGGUGCGCGAGGUCCUCGAGGAAACGGGGCUGCAUGUGUCGCGCAUUGUGGAUCUGGUGGCCGUCGACAGCUGGCAACACCUCCGCCGGAAUCGCGGCGACAUGCUGCGCAUCGCCAAAUAUUCGUUUAUUGUCGACGUCUACGAAGGCGAGCUCCCACGGGAACAAAUCCCCGUCCGACUGGAGGCGAGCGAGCACCAGGCGUUCGAGUGGGCGGUGGAGGAGGAAGUGCGACGGUCGAUGCAGGGCAGUGGCCGAUAUCAACUCCCGCUGCCGCCGACGGGCCAUCAGGGACCCAACAUCCUGCGGUCGUUUGCAUGGUGCAAAGAGCAGGCCGCCAAGUCUACGAAGGAGUCUCUAUAG